AUGAUUUGUCUCAACAAGGCCGACGAAGGCACCUUUCGCCACCUCGGCUACAACCAGAGCCCGCCGGCCCUGUCAGCAGACCAAACUACCCGCCAGGACCUCAAUGGGAUAUCGAACCUACGUGAAUACGUCGCCGCCAGCCAGGAUGACGCAUCUGGAGGAGGGACAGGCGGGAUGCUAGGUGAAACGGCAAUGUGCGAUAAGUUGCGUCGCGAGGGAGAGCCAGAUCUGCCUGUGCGAAAGGCGCUUGACGCAAGACAAUGGGCGUGUUGCUCAUUCUUGCGUUUCAAGGCGGUCGCUGGUGAUCGCCUUGUCUGGGUAUCCUCUACAGGGUGCCUGGAGCGCCUUUGGAGCUGGACAACCUGGAUAGCAUCCGUUCUCUUCUUCUCCUAUAUCAUUUCGAGUUUGCGCAUGUCAACUACCGGUAUCGAAACUGCCAGCCCAAUUGUUGAAUCUGUGGCAAUCAACUCGUCUGUCCUCCAUGAUGUCCUGGCCGUGUCGCCAGUGUUGCGAAGGGACCUUAGCAAGCGAUCUUCCUGCGCAACUGGCGGCGUCGACAAGAACAAAUACAAUACCGGACUUCACGUCGCAGCCCUGUUCAUCAUAUGGUUCGUCUCAACACUAGGUUGCGCAUUCCCAAUCAUGGCCGCCAAGUUUCCUGGCCUACGCAUCCCACGCCGCUUCUUCUUCGCUGUGCGACACUUCGGAACCGGAGUCCUCAUCGCAACCGCAUUCGUGCACCUUCUUCCCACGGCAUUCGUAUCCCUCGGCAACCCGUGCCUAGGAAAAUUCUGGACCGAGGAUUACAGCGCCAUGCCGGGCGCGAUUGCUCUCGCCGCCAUCUUCCUAGUGACGAUUAUCGAGAUGGUGUUUCACCCGUCUCGUCAUGUACCGCCUGCGGAUAUUGUUGCGAAGCCGCGUAGCAAAGAGCAGAUAGAAGAGGCUACUGAUUCGGAGGGCCAUCCCAUCCGCGAUAUGGGUCCUCUUCGUGGGCGGUCGAGCAGCAUGGGACAAGGACUCUCACAGCUGAAUCAGGCGGCUUUGGCGGAACAGAUAUGCUCGAGGGGCCGCGAUGAUGAAUGUGCGAUUGCCAAGUCUGCCAAUGAGAGUCACGACGUUAUUGAUCAUGGUGAAUUCGAGCAGGCUGUUUUGACGCCGGAACAGAAGCGCAAGAAGGACCGAUUGCAGUGUAUCCUCCUCGAGAUGGGUAUUCUCUUCCACAGUGUGUUUAUCGGCAUGGCGUUGAGUGUGAGCAUUGGCAACGACUUUAUCGUCUUGUUGAUUGCCAUUGUUUUUCAUCAAACGUUUGAAGGCCUCGCGCUCGGUUCGAGAAUCUCCGUCAUUGAAUGGGGUGAGAAGACAUGGCAGCCAUGGAUUAUGGCCUUGGCAUACGGUUGCACAACUCCAAUCGGUCAGGCAAUUGGUCUCGCAACACAUAUGCUCUACAGCCCCGACUCUGAAAUCGGCCUCAUCGUCGUUGGAGUCAUGAACGCCAUUUCCGCUGGUCUCCUCACGUUCGCAUCUCUGGUGGAGCUGCUUUCCGAGGACUUCCUCAGCGACGAGAGCUGGCGCCAUCUUCGGGGGAAGAGCCGCGUUGUUGCCUGUCUGCUGGUCUUCUCUGGGGCUUUCGGCAUGAGUCUUGUCGGCGCUUGGGCUUAG